AGACCUAGAUUAGCCAUAUUCAUAGGCUUUCCUCGCACACACGCCCACUCCUCCUCCUCCUCUUCCUCCUCCUCCUCCUCUUCCUCAGUGUCUUCUCUCAGGUCCACUGCUCUGUCUCUUUUUAACCCCUGCGAGCAGCCGACGCGCACUCAUCGCCUGUUUUCUCGGGACAAACAGACCGGGGACUUUUAACUCUUCACUCCACUUAACCGGUGCGUGUGUGCGUGUGUGUGCUCCUGUUCUUCAGUGCAUCGGCCAGACAGACAGACAGAUGGAGGACUACCACAAACCAGACCAGCAGACGGUGCAGGCGCUCAGGAACAUCGCCACCCGGCUCCGGAUCAACUCCAUCAAGGCGACAACCGCAGCAGGCAGCGGUCAUCCAACAUCAUGCUGCAGCGUGGCAGAGAUCAUGUCUGUUCUAUUCUUUCAUACCAUGAAGUACCGACCUGAGGACCCUCGUAACGCCAACAAUGACCGAUUUAUUUUGUCAAAGGGUCAUGCGGCCCCAGUGCUGUACGCCGUGUGGGCGGAGACGGGAUACCUGAAGGAGAACGAGCUCCUCAACCUCCGCAAGGUCGACUCCAUCCUGGAGGGACAUCCUGUGCCGAAGCAGCAGUUUGUGGAUGUGGCCACUGGGUCUCUGGGUCAGGGUCUGGGAGCUGCCUGUGGGAUGGCCUACACUGGAAAGUACUUUGACAAGGCCAGUUAUCGGGUCUACUGCCUCCUGGGUGAUGGAGAGCUGUCGGAGGGCUCCGUGUGGGAGGCCAUGGCCUUCGCCUCCUACUACCAGCUGGACAACCUGGUGGCCAUCUUGGACAUCAACCGCCUCGGCCAGAGCGACCCAGCGCCGCUUCAGCACCACGUGGAGAAGUACCAGCGACGUUGUGAGGCCUUUGGCUGGCAUGCCAUCAUCGUCGAUGGCCACAGCGUAGAGGAGCUCUGUAAAGUACUGAGUCAGCCUCGUCACCAGCCACUCGCCAUCAUCGCUAAGACCAUCAAGGGGAAGGGGAUCCCAGCUGCUGAGGAUAAGAUGGGCUGGCACGGUAAACCUCUGCCCAAAGACAUGGCUGAAGGUGUGAUCAAGGAGCUGCAGAACCGCAUCAUCAACUGCAACAAGCGUCUUUAUCCCGCUCAGCCCAACGAAGACGCGUCUCCUAUCAGCCUGCGUAACAUCCGCAUGCCGAGUGCACCCAACUACAAACCAGGAGACAAGAUUGCUACGAGGAAGGCGUACGGUGUGGCUCUGGCCAAACUGGGCCGCUACAACGAGCAUGUGGUGGCUCUGGAUGGAGACACGAAGAACUCCACCUUCUCUGAGCUCUUUAAGAACGAACACCCCAACCGCUACGUGGAGUGUUACAUCGCAGAGCAGAACAUGGUCAGCGUGGCGAUAGGUUGUGCCGUGCGGGAUCGUAACGUGGUGUUUGCCAGCACCUUCGCCACAUUCUUCAGCAGGGCUUACGACCAGCUGCGCAUGGCCGCCAUCUCUGAGAGCAACAUCAACCUGUGUGGCUCCCACUGUGGAGUCUCCAUUGGUGAGGAUGGUCCUUCCCAGAUGGGUCUGGAGGAUCUGGCCAUGUUCAGAGCCAUCCCCACAGCCACUGUCUUCUACCCCAGUGACGGUGUCUCCACUGAGAAAGCUGUGGAACUGGCAGCCAACACAAAGGGUUUGUGUUUCAUCCGAACAAGCCGCCCAGAAAACAACAUCAUCUUCAACUCCAAUGAAGACUUCCAUGUUGGUCAGGCUAAGGUCGUGUAUAAAACCAAUGACGACCAUGUGACGGUGGUUGGUGCAGGAGUGACCCUCCAUGAGGCUCUGGCUGCUGCUGAACAGCUGAAGAAAGAGAGAAUUAACAUCCGUGUGAUCGACCCCUUCACCAUCAAGCCCCUGGACUCCAAAACCAUCAUCGAGAACGCCAGGGCGACCAGAGGGCGCAUCAUCACAGUGGAGGACCACUACUAUGAAGGUGGUCUGGGUGAGGCAGUGUGUUCAGCGGUAGUGAAUGAAACCGGCUUCAACGUCCACCGCCUGGCCGUGUCCCAGGUGCCCCGCAGUGGUAAGCCCCAUGAGCUGCUCCGAAUCUUCGGCAUCGACCGCGACGCCAUCGCCCAGGCGGUCCGCAAGAUGCUCAGCAGCUCUGCCAAUGCCAAGUAAGCAAGCUGCAGCAGCAAAACGGUCCAAAAAAAAUAAAUAAAACGGAGCCCAUGGUCAACUGGCUAUCACCAUGGAGACGAUAAACAAAUAAACCAACACGAAGGCGGGGGAAGCACUUUUGGCCCACUUGCACUCUUCCUCUCUAAAACGAUGAAUUGGAAAAAGGAAAAUGUUUUUUCUCUUACUGUCAUUGAUGUGGUUUUGACACCCCCACCCCAGAUUUUGACCCCUUCAGUUUGUGAGUUCAGUAAACACCCCCUUACCUCCACACACUUCCACCCCCCUGACCCUUUUCCUACCUCUCAGAGAAGUUCUGGUACUGCUGUAGUGUUUUCAGUAAAAGCAGUGAACGUGGUUUGGAGUAAAGUGAAGUCUUUUUAUAAUUUGUGUGGAACCUUUCUCACGUCUUUGGCGCAGCGUUUCCUGCGUCUGCACUCAGUAAAACUUUGUAAAUCCCACCCACUAGAGCCAGCAGGGUGUGGAGAAACUCUGGUUUGGUCUGUUUGAGCACUGACUGUUUUUAACCUUUUAAACCUGACUUGGAUGGGACUGCUUCACAACAAUAAAGGGAUGGUUUCUUCACAA